GAUAAAAAACCUGCUUAAGGGUAAGAUGUCCCUACCGAUAUUCAAGCAGGGUGGUACGGUACUACUCGAGUAGAGUACUUGUUCAAGUAUAAGACCUGAAGGAAUGUAUUAGGACACCCGUCACCAGCAUUGUGGAUCGUCCCUCGAAUUUUCCAGCCGCCAGUUCAAUUCCAACCCGGAGAACCACAGGCUUGGCAAGCACCCCUCCCAGAGUCUAUCUCAACCUCAUCUCGACACAGCUACUCUAGUACAACGACCCUUCGAUGUCGUUCAGCCGUCUUCCAAACGAACUUAUCCUUACAAUCAGCGGGCACCUCGAUGAUUGUGCUAUUGCAAAACUCCUCCGAGCGAAUAGGGGACUAUGUUUCCUCCUUACCCCAGUUCUCCACCAGCGUGCACCGAUUCCUCCCGGUAGCGGGGCGAUGACAAGAUUGCAAUGGGCAGCACUUCGUGGACAUGUACCGCUAGUGAAGCUCUUACUUUCAAAAAGAGUGGGUUUGGACAGCGAAGGAAAGGUCGAUCCAGAAGCUCUCCGAGGCGCGAUAGCAUCCGGCCACGAUCAAAUAUCGUUCCUUCUUCUCCGGGCGGGAGCUAAUGUCACCAGGACUGGGUUCCGAACUGGAACGCUAAUAUAUCACCUCCUAUAUAACCGAACUUCAUCCCGAAAUGUACGGCGACUCUUGCGCAUGCUUAAAGACCGCGGUGCAGAUUUCUCGGCCCCGGAUUUCCUCGGAAAAAUACCUCUGCACCGAGCAGCUCAGGAAGGCGACGUCGGGGGAGUAAAGCUCCUUUUGCGAUUAGGCUCUAAUCCAAACUCUCGAACCGCUGACGGGCAAACCACGCUAUUCUUUGCCCAUGGUAGCCAAAAGAUCAUUAGGCUCCUCGUUGAGGCGGGUGCGGACCCGAAUAUCAACAGCGCCAGUGGGGAGACACCGUUAUAUAGGGCGUGCAGGUUGGAUCAAUUAGGAAGCGCUCGAAUUCUCAUUGAAUAUGGUGCGAACCCCCGCGGAAAUGACCCACUCUUCAGACCCAUUUUCUCGAGACCCUCCCCAGAUCUAAUCGAACUACUCGUCUCCCACGGCGAAGACAUCCACGCGGAGGACGUCACCGGCUUAUCCCUCAUUCACCGCGCCGCGCAAGGGCCAUACCCAGCGGUUCUAAAGAAGCUAUUAGACCUGGGAGCAGAUGCCAGCCACCGGAAUCACUGGGGCGUUACACCAUUGCACCUCGUUGCGGCAUCAGAGGACAAAGGCCAAUGCACACUUAUGCUCAUAAAUGCGGGCGCUGAAGUUGACUGUCCCGACAACGGCAAAUCUACCGCGCUGCAUUGGGCAGCUAGUCGUGGAUGCUAUCUCCCCGCAGCAGUAUUGCUGGCAAUGGGCGCGGACUUUACAGUCCUGGAUAGCGAAGGUCGCUCGCCGUUAGAUCGCACGUUAGAUCGGCGCUAUUCGAGGGACAAGGUCGUCGAGACAAUCUUGCGCGGGUCAUGGAAGAGGCAUCAUGGGCGGGAGAUGGUGCCGGCGUAUAGCGAGUUUGAUGACGGUAUACCUGGAAGCUACGGUCACCCACUGUACCUCUAGGGUUGGGCUAUUUGUGCUGUGUGGUACAUGGAUAGCUGGGAUCAGUGGCCAAGCCAAGUAGACCAGAUUUAGCUGAAUUGUGCCUUUCAAAGGUGUGGGCUGGCCGUGCGUGUGGUAAUUGGGGAUCCCGCCCUUUCUCCUCCUCUUUGUAUUCGCGGACUGCGACGUGCUUGGUCUAUUAAUACGGGAUUAGCAAUGAUCGUGAUUGAGUGUGUCUAGGCCGGGUCACUGUGGUUGUUAAAUCAAGUAUUAUAAUGUCGAUUAGAAGCGUCUAGGAAUUAUAACUUCCGUACGGGGCCGGCGGGGUUUUACUGGCCCAGGACUAUUAGAGUUACUUUAGUUAUAUCUACCAUCAGGACAUAUAUAUGU